AUGCCGUUGAAUUUGACACGAUCCUUGGAGAAUGAAGAUUCAUAUAAUUACAACCAGCUACGUUUUGAUAUAAUAGGUAACAAAGAUCUCAAAUUCCGAUUAUUUAAUGAUGUAACAUUUAUGAAUAAAAUAGUACAUGAUUUUAAUGGCAUAGUGGCGAACUUAUUGAAAUCCAAUAAUCUUGAUAAUUUAUUAUUGGAUCAACUUGAAAAAUUAGCAGUCAUUUUGAAUAUUUUGAUAUCAUUUGCAUUGGAAUUGAUUGGGUUCAAUAAUGAAGAAACAUUAAGAUCUAUUCAAACUUUAGAACAAAUUUUGGUUCCAAUUUGUUCACUCUUGAAUUAUUUUAUUGAAAAACAUGUCCCAAGUGUAUCAGAAUUUGAAGAUGGAGUAUUAUUUAAAAUAGAGGCAAUAAUGAGAUAUAGUCUUGAUAUGGUAAUAGGCUUAUCAAAUUUAGGACAUUCCCAGAUUGAUGCAGCAAUGCUAUGGAGGUACCUUACCGUACUUUUAUUGUCAAGUAAUCAAGAUACUAGUCGUCGCAUUUAUAUCAAGUCUGCAUUAACAGUUAAACUGUUAAGAUUAGUCCCCAUCUUACUUUCUUCAAAAAAAUUGCUGAUUGACCAAAAUUAUAUUCCAACUUUAUUGGAAACUUUAUUGAAGAGGUUAUCUAAUGAUUGCUAUCAUAUCAUUUAUAGUCAUAUUGAUGGAACUACAUGUUUUUCAAAGAAUCUACUAUUCAAAUUGACUUUCGAAGAUGAAACGUUGCCUAAUGCCAAUUUAAAGAAUUCAGAACUUGAAAAAAAAGUUGAUAUGAAAAUAAUAAUUGAAUUAGUCACGAGCGUCUCCCAAAUCAUUAGUUUCUUGAAGUCUCAAAAUUAUCAUGUAGUCAUGGAAUUUAGAAAUGAUACAAAGGAUCCAAUAUGUUUGACUGCUUAUGAUGAAUCGAAUCCGAUUCCAAUUACACAUAUCUAUCUCACUUUACUACUAUUACUAAAAUCUAGAUCAAAAAAAGUUGGACUUUCGGCAAUCAAUUUAUUGACUUUACUACUAGAAGAGAUGUAUGCACUGGAGGUGUUAGCAGAACCAUUAAUUUAUAAAAAUUUCGAAAAAUUAUUCCCCAAACUAAUUGAUCUAUUGGAUUUUGAUGUUGAUUACGAUGGCACAAUUUUGGAUAAGGAAGCAACUUCAAAGUCUCAAAAAGGGAAAUAUAAAAAAUACUCUGGUGAUGCAUCAACUUUUAACUCCCCAAUGUUUUUAAAAUCAGCCGCGAAAAUACUAGCUGACUUGUGCGUUCAAUAUCCAUCAAUGACACAGAAAAUAAGUGAUACCAACAUAAAUAAUCAACUAUCGACAAAAUUAAGUCAAUGCUUUAAUGCAAGUGUUCUACUUAAGAAACUCAAAGCUUUGAAAAUGAAGUCAAAACAUGGGACAGUUUUGGUCGAUUUCACAUCCUUGAAAGUUAAUAAUGCUUACGAUUUAGAAAUUGCGGACUUGCUUUUGUUGUUAAGUGUUUAUACUAGCGAUAGCGAAGAAUCAAGACACAAACUAUUGAGUAGUUCACAAACAAAUGAGAUUAAUUUACCAGAAAUUAUAUUUGAGAUCAUUGAUAAUUACCAUUUUCUAUGCAAUCAGAUACAACUAACUUAUAAAAUUGUUUCACAAGGUAGUAAGAAAGAAAAUUUAAAACAACAUUUGACUUGGUUGGGAAAAAAUUUAGGGGCAAUAUGUGCAUUAGAAAACUCGGCUAUGUAUACAAAUUGCUUUUAUUUCAUUAGAUCGAAUUCUAGAUCAGUUUCUGCUUUAAGAACAUUCUUUGUUGAAUGUAAUGAGUUCAAAAGUUUUGUUUCGAGAGUAGGUAAAGAAGGUUUACAAAUUCAUACAUCCAAUUUAGCGUCCUUAUUAUCAUCUGGUCAACCUACUAUGCGUCCAAGAAUUGAUGCGGAAAGUAGUGCUACUUCACCUGAAGCUUUACUGGGAUCAUCCCCAGGUGGAUUUGUGACGAAUAUUUUAGAGAUUAUCAGGCUUUAUGAAAGUCUUGAUCAGAAAUUGAAUUUUUUUUUUCAGAUCAAUAAUAACAGUGCUAUCAAUAAAAAGCAGUUUAGAAAAACCUUCAUGACCAACAAAGCUAUAUGUAUUAGUCUAUUGGCAAAUUUCAUUCUUGAUUUUAGCUCAUUCAGAUAUAAAAUAAUUAGUUAUGAAAACUUUUUAUCCAGUUUAUCUACAAUCUAUCAAAAAUCAUCUGAGAUAGUUAUUAUACCAAAUUCAGUUGAGGAAAAUUAUGAAAAUUGUCUUAUUCAAUUAAAAAUCUUGCAAGUAAUCAAAAAUUUUAUGUUUAAUGAAGCCUCGGAGAAUAAAAGAGAAGUUUUGAAUUAUUUUCCUGUCAGUUUCAUUUUUCACACGGCAAAUUAUGGUGUUGGAGGUUAUGGUCGUGAUCCAUUUGGGUCCACGGAAGUCAGACAGUUAAAGAUUGAUCAAAAAAUAGUUGCAUUUGAAAUAUUAAGAAAUUUUACUGCUGGUUCGCCUUCGUUUACUCAAAUAUUGAGAGAGUCAUACGUUACUGAUUAUUGGGACAGUGGGUAUGAUGGAAAACAAGGUAUUCCUAUAAAUUGGCCGGAUUUUGUGUUACAAAAUCUUACUAAAGUUUGGCUAUUUUUGCCUGAAGGUGAGAAAGACGACAUUUUUGAUGAUAAAACAUUGAUCACAUUGUUGGGAAACGAGGGAUUUGUUCGAUUAGUCAGAUCAAUAAAUUUCACUGAAGAUCAUACAUUUACCGCUAUUGAUAAUUUGAAAAAAGACUUAUUUCCAAAUGACCAAAUUUUAAGUGUUUGGUUACGAUAUUUAUCUUUUGAAAUUCCGGAUUCAAUCACUCGUAAUAAAGAAAUAUUAGUUGACAAUUUAAAUCUUAUUAAACUUUCAAUUGCAUGGAUAUUGGUAAAUUUGACAUGGAAAUCCACUGUUUUUGGAUAUGAUUUACCGAAUUAUACUGAUUAUGAAGUUUAUCAAACUGUCGACACAUCCACUAAAACCAAACGUAAUGGUGCUGCAAAAUCUAAUGAGCAUCAAAAUGCAAUAGAGGAAGAGUCAAGUGCUGAUGACGAACUAACAGUUACUGAAAGAGCCAAAAUAUUGGAUGCGUUUGGAUUCACUAAAGCCAUUUAUAAUAUUUUGGACAAAGUUGCUGAAAAGUCAUUCAAAAAAGAUAACAAAGUGAAUACAACUAUUAAAACAAGCACAGAACAUGAUGUCUUUGAAAAAUUAAGAUCUGCAUUGCGUCAAAUUAACUAUUUAACGGAAAAGAGAAAUCCAAUUGUUGCUGAAGGAUUUGACAUACCUGAAAAAUACACGGAAGCAACAAGUUCCAAAAACUUGGGUUCAAAAAUUGAAAACAAUGUUUCAAAUACAGUAGAUACAACCAUCAAUCAAGUUGAUGCCAUGCAUGAUAAUGAUGAUGAAGAAAAGGUUAUUUCAGAUGAUGAAAUUCGAUACGAAAGAUCAAGAAGACGAGACGCUAUUGAUUCAGAAGAUGAUUCUCAAUUGACUGCAAAUGAUGCUGAAGACGAGGAAGAUGAUGAUAACGAAGAUGAAGAAAUGGCAACGAGUAAUCAUUUAGAUCGAUUCAACGAAUAUAUGGAUGAUGAUGAUGACAAUGAUGAUAUGGACGAAGAUGAUGAUAGUGAUGAAGUAGAUGUAGAUGAAGAGGCUACAGGUGCUAGACACGAUACUACCAAUGAAAGUGCCGACUCUGAUGAUGAUGAACUUCCUCAUGAAUAUUGGGUUAUGUAA